AUGCCGACGCCAACCCUCCCAACCAGCUCGACCCUCUCAACAGCCAGCACAGCAGCACCAGCGGCAUCGUCGUCAUCGAGCGCCCUAACCCGCAACCGCCGCGCCCUGCACCUCCUCUGCCUAGUCCUGAGCCUGGCGUCCGCCCUCCUGCUCGCGCGCUACGCCUAUCUAGAGGCUCUGCCCCCGCCGCCACCGCCGCCGCCGCUGCCCCCGCCGGAACGGGAGGGCUGGCUGCGAGAGGCGGGGAGGUGGCUGGAGGAGUAUCGGCUUGGGAGGGGUGGGAAGGGCGGCGCUGAAGUGGAGGUCCCCCCACAACCACAACCCCCCACCAACAACAACCCCCUAACACACCCCCAACCCCCCAUCGCCCUCCUCGCCCUCCUCACCCACCUCCUCACCACACCCCCCCUCUACCGCUCCUCCCCGCUCCUCCGCCACCAGCAAAAACACACGCGCCUCUCGCUCCUCAUAGCCAGCACCAUCACCCUUGCCGCCUUCAUGGCCCUCACCCCCGACGGGGCGACGCCCGCGGCGCGCCUGCGCGCGUUCGUGCUCGGCGCUGUGCCCUGCACGCUGGCGCUGGGGGCGGGGAUUGCGGCGUGUGUGGGGUGUUUGCGGGGGGUGGGUGUGGGUGGGGGGCGGAGAGGCGUUAGGGUGGGUGGAGGGGGGUUGGGGUUGGAGGAGAAUGCCGUGGGGAAGUGGCGGUGGGAGCCUGAUGGACGGCUGGGGGCGAUUGAGGAGGGCGAGAUGGAAAGACGUGAGGUGUAG